AUGGGAGGGUCCGUGUCCUGCUGCAUCUCUCCCGGGGAGAGCCCCAAGAUCCGCCGGAGGCAGGUGGAGCUGGACGAAUGUCCCAUCACCACCACCGAGGACGUGAGCGAGGACACCGGGACCUACCUGCAGCACAUCAGCGACAGGGAGCUCCCCGAUGAACUGGCUCAAGAGGAAAAUCCAUCGGACCACCCGAGAGCCAGCACCCUCUUCCUCAACAAAUCCCAAACAGAUGUUUCAGUGCGCGAGAAAAGGAAAAGCAACUACAUGAACCACCAAACGUCCCCUGGCAUCCUGACGAAAAAGUUCAGCUCCUGCUCGACCAUAUUCAUCGACGACAGCACAGUCAGCCAGCCCAACCUCAAAAGCACCAUCAAAUGUGUUGCGUUGGCCAUCUACUACCAUAUAAAAAACAGAGAUUCCAGCCGCUCGCUGGACAUAUUCGACGAGAAGAAGCACCCCCUGACGAAAGAGAAGGUUCCGGACGACUACUCCGUGGUGGACCCCGAACACAAACUCAUCUACCGCUUCAUACGGACGCUUUUCAGCUCCGCGCAGCUCACCGCCGAGUGCGCCAUCGUCACUCUGGUGUACCUGGAGAGGCUUCUGACGUAUGCCGAGAUGGACAUCUGUCCCUGCAACUGGAAGCGCAUAGUUCUGGGCGCCAUCCUGCUGGCCUCCAAGGUGUGGGACGACCAGGCCGUCUGGAACGUCGACUACUGCCAGAUCCUCAAGGACAUCACCGUGGAGGACAUGAAUGAGAUGGAGCGCCACUUCCUCGAGCUGCUCCAGUUCAACAUCAACGUUCCCGCCAGUGUCUACGCCAAGUACUACUUUGACCUGCGCUCGCUGGCCGACGACAACAACCUCAGCUUCCCCCUGGAGCCGCUGAGCAACAAGCGGGCCCAAAAGCUGGAGGCCAUAUCCAGGCUCUGCGAGGACAAGUACAAAGACCUGAGCAAGUCGGCCAUGAGGAGGUCGGUCAGCGCGGACAACCUGGUGGGCGUUCGGAACUCCAAGGCGGUGCUGUCUUAA